AUGAUAAUAAAAAUAUUCAUCAUGACUUUUAUAAUUGCCUUAGUUUGACUAAUCAGUACUAUCUUAGAUGCAAAAUCCUACUCACAACUGCACUGAGCUUCAAAAUUACUUCCCCAUCUAUCAAAUAACUCUCAGCAUUCUAAAUCCCCUUGACCCUUUAUUCGCCUUAAUGAAUCAAAAUUAUUGCUGUAUCCUAUUAAAUGUAACAAUAAACAACAAGCUAAAAUUUCGAAAAUCGAAAUAGAUAAUUAUUCAAUGUAUCAAAUUUUUGAAAAUUUGCCGAAAUGACUGAAAUAUUAUUGAUUAGAUGUGUUUGAAAGCCCUUCUAGCUUAUUUCCAAAAAUAUUUGUCAAAGCAAAUUCUAAAGAAAAUAAGCUUAAAAAAAAUUUAAAAUCAAUAAGAUUUAGAGACAUGCUUGAAUUUACUGAUGAUUUGCAUUAUAAGUCCUCAGAAUUAGAUAUCGGAAAUGUUUACAUUGAGCAUCAAAUAGAGAAAAAUAUAGAGUUUGAAAAUAAUUCAGAUGAAUCCUUGCUUAUUGAGUUAUUUUUAGCUCCUGCAAAUUUUAGUGAAAAUAUUAAAUGAUGCAAGAAUGAAUUUAUCGAUGAAGAUGAGUUUGAAAAUUUACCAAGAACUCCUGAAUGUAAUAAAAACAAUGAAAUUGAAAUAAUAAAAACUCUUACACAAAGAAAUUCUUCAAAACUCAAGCGAGUACCAGAAAACAUAAGUUUAUACGGAAAAGUCAUGAGCGGAUUAGGAUAUGGAAAUAAUACCUACAAUGAAGUUAUAAUAUCAAAAGAAAAACCUGAGAAAAAAUCUGUUGAGUUUCCAUUUUACUUAGGCAAACGAGGGGGAGUUGUUGUGCCUCCUCAUAGUGUAGCUUUUGUUGGGACUGUAAUUUUCCAGCCGACACAGUCAAAAAAAUACUACGCCUCACUUUUUAUGAGAAAUGGCUCUAAAUUACUCAAAGAAAUAAAACUCUCUGGAGAAGGUAUUUCUUACAAGUUAAGCUUCUUAGAGUCAGAUUCAGGAAACUUAAAUUUUCAUAUAGAUGAAAUGAAAAAAUUGUCUGAUGAGCUCUACUAUAGUAGAGUAUUUACAUUAUUUAAUUCAGGGCAAGUUCAGGCAUUAGUUAAAGGGAUUUAUUUGGAUGGCAUUAGCUGUCAAAUGCAUGGAUUAAAACUUCACCCUUGUGGCCAAAGAAUAGAAAUUGCUCCUGGAGAUUAUUAUCACAUAGAAAUCUUCUAUGAGCCUGAUUUUCAUGAAUUUUUAGGAAACUACCAUAUCGAAAUUUAUACAGAAAUUGAAAAAAUAGAAGUUGGUAUUAAUUUAAAUUUUCCAAUUGCCAACUUUGAAAAUUCAUUUAGCUCUCAAAAUUUAUUUUCAUUUGUUAAAGGUAUAAAAGAAAUUGAAAGGUUCUUUUUAUUCUUUUUCUCAUUCAUCUUUGGGCUUUCAUUAACUGCAUGACAAGAAAUCAGGAUAAUAAACAGAAAAAACUGCAAAAGAUUUUAUCUAAUAAGUUCAAAACUAGAAACAAAAGAAGAUUUUAAUUGAAUUUCUAAUAGCUAUGAUCCCCCUUAUUUUUCACAAAUGCUUCCAAAAAACGAGACUAAAGAGACCCCUGACUCAGAAUUAUCUAAAGAAAUGCCAGAAAAAGUCGCAAAACCUAAAAAAGCCAAAAGAAAGCCAAUAAAAUUUUCUGGUGAAAUCUUUGAAAAGCCUCCUAUGUACGAAUCCCAUAUCAUCGCGAACAGCAGAUUCCUUCCCAAAAAACAAGUUAAAGCUGAGUUUAGGCAUUCCAUUAUAUCAGAUGCUAAUACAGUUGCAAGCUGCACAUCAGGCACGAAUUUGAAUAACUCUAUGGCUGAAAAUGAAAAUUCACCUUCAGUGACUUGGCAUACUGAAGAUGAUCUUUCUGAAAUAGCUUUAGACGAUGAAGAUUAUUUUCUCGAUGCUUAUCGGGCUGAAAAUGGACUUUUCAGCGGACCUUUUGUUCAGAGAAGUUACAUCUUUGAAAAUGAUCUUCAGGUUUCUUUUGAAUAA